AUAGGAUGUCCGGCCGCGCAUGCGUAGUGCCCCACACCGACAGCUAGCAGAGCAAACAGCCCAGCUAGACAAAUAUAAACUAAAGAAAUCAGCUAUUUACACACAAAAACACACGUUGAAAUGUUUCGGAGAAAGCUGACAGCGUUAGAUUAUCACAACCCCGGUGGAUUUGACAGCACAGAUGAAACCCAGUUUAGGAACUGCAUUGUGUGGCUGGAGGACCAGAAGAUCAGACAUUAUAAGAUAGAGGACAGAGGAAACCUGAGGAACAUCCCCAGCUCAGACUGGCCCAAAGCCUACCAGAAGUACCUGCAGGACCUGAAUUGUCCUUUUGGAGAUCAGGAGAAGAACGAGGCUGUAGACUGGUUACUGGGUCUGGCUGUAAGAUAUGAAUAUGGAGACAAUGUGGACAAGUAUAAGAACUGUGAGCCGCUGGCAGCCUCCAGCAACAGUGACAAAGUGGUUGACCCUCUCCUCAACCUUGACAGUAAUUCACCAGAAUUCAAAGCAGGAGUGACGGCUCUGGCCAACAUCCUAAAGAUCCAACGACAUGACGACUACCUGGUUAUGCUCAAGGCUAUUCGUAUUCUGAUCCAGGACAGACUUUCUCCAGAAUCCAUCACUAAAGCCAACCAGAAUACAGAGGGUAUUCCAGUAGCUUUAGACAAGCACGUCUUGGGUUUCGACACUGGAGAUGCCACUCUGAACGAAGCGGCCCAGAUCCUGCGCCUACUGCACAUCGAGGAGCUGAGGGAGCUCCAGACCAAGAUCAACGAGGCCAUCGUAGCCGUCCAGGCCAUCAUAGCCGACCCCAAGACGGACCACAGGCUGGGCAAGGUCGGCAGAUGAGAGCGAGGACGGAGAGGGGACGCCGGAGGAACGGAAAGACUUGAACCACGGGAGAUUUAAUUUGAUUUUGAGACGAAAAGUCUGCGUUGGACAUAAAUUAAUUUGUGUUUUUUUCCGUUGUUGCACGAGAUCAGACCGAUCACAUUGGGAAUUUGGAUGCCAAAUUUUCAGAUGCUGUCUUUCAUUUUUGUACUUCCGCAUGGAUACGUUUACACAACAACACGGUACAAUCGUUUUUGAUUGAUUAGUAAUCUCCAUAGAAACCAUAGAAGCUUAUGAAAUAUUCAAACUGACAUUUUUUUUUUGCAAAUGGAAGAAGACAUUGUUUUGAAAUAGUUGACGCUGUGUGGGAAAAUAUAUAAAUACAGCUGAACAGA